AGACCGCAACGUCAUGACGAACUUAGUCUUAUAUCCUUUUCUUACACUAUCGUAUUCUCUUCUUUACUUCAACUAACAUUCAAUCAGUUUUGUGUAAAUAAUAAACAUUAUCUUAUGAAUGAAAAAAACCUCUUUCAUUUAUCAACAUCUCAUCUAGACAGUGAUUAUUAUUUUUUUCAGUGAUUAUCACUUGCUAUUUUUAUCUUCUGUAAUAUGACGAGUAAUUUUUCCAUUUGAAUUACAUCAGAUAGAAAGAAUUCAACUGAAAACGAUAGACAGUGAUAAAAAUUUAUUGCGAACAUAAACUAUUUUUAUGAAACGAUACAAAAUUGACUUGUUUCAGAAGUGAGAUUUUUGGAUAAACAUAAGAUAAAGUGAAAAUAAAUUGUGUAAAAAAGAAACAAAGUUUAUGAAUCGUGGAGGAAGUAAGAUAAAAGGGGAAAUUUAUUGAACAUUUAGUGUAAACGAUUGUGAUUGAGUUUUAUGGAUAAUUUGUUGACUAAAAAAUGUUUAAGAAAAAGUAAAUCAGUUAAAUAAAAGAAUUGUACGACGCAAAUUACCUUGGUCAGACGGAACAAGUCGACGUUGAUUAGGAAGGAAGGAUAAAAGAAGUUGUAAAAAAGAAGACUGCCUUGUAAAAAUGGGAAAGAAAAAUAGUAAACUCAAACAAGAUACUAUAGAUCGUUUAACUACUGAUACGUAUUUCACUGAGAAAGAAAUUCGACAGUGGCAUAAAGGAUUCCUCAAGGAUUGCCCUGAUGGACUUUUAACAGAACAGGGAUUUAUCAAGAUCUACAAGCAGUUUUUUCCACAAGGCGACCCAUCGAAAUUCGCGUCACUUGUAUUCAGAGUUUUCGAUGAAAAUAACGACGGUACAAUAGAAUUUGAAGAAUUUAUCAGAGCACUAUCUGUCACGUCUCGAGGAAAUCUCGACGAGAAACUGCAUUGGGCUUUUCGAUUGUAUGAUGUCGAUAAUGAUGGCUUCAUCACACGCGAUGAAAUGUAUAAUAUUGUAGAUGCGAUAUAUCAGAUGGUGGGUCAACAACCGCAUGCGGAAGAUGAAAACACCCCCCAGAAACGAGUGGAUAAAAUAUUUGAUCAAAUGGAUAAAAACCACGAUGACAAACUCACCCUUGAGGAGUUUCGGGAGGGUAGCAAAGCCGAUCCAAGGAUUGUCCAAGCUUUAUCACUUGGUGGAGGAGUAGAACAAACACAACAACAACCGCAACAACAACAAUAAAUCAUACAAAAACAAAUAAACUCAUAUUUAAUAAAAAUUAUUGUCACACGUACAAUUAA